AAAACGUGUGUGUGUGUGUGUGUGUGCCUGUGUGUGUGCCUGUGUGUGUGUGUGUGUGUGUGCGUGUGUGUGUGUGUGUGUGUGUGUGUGUGUGUGUGAGCGGUGCAUCAGGCGUGUGCACUACUGCCGGUAACCAGGCAGGGACAGACCUCGUCUCCUGGGGAUGUGGGGGGAGCGACUUAAUCAGCAAUGAAUACAACAAGAGAGAGAGGGAGAGAGAAAAAAAGACCUCAAAGCACUCUGUCUCACUCUGUCAGGGUCCCAAGUUCAGCGAGCACAAUCUGCGACACCGCGUACAAAACACAAUCCCCUGUCAACUGAGUUUAGGUCAAACAUAGGACAGAAAUACUACUACUACUACUACUACUACUACUACUCUUGCUGCUGCUGCUGCUGCUGAUUUCAAUGGUGCAAGUGGAAAUGGCUUCUGUUCCCCACCGGACUCCGGGUGGAUUAUAGUAGCAAGCUCGGAGUCGCUGUUCAGGUAACAAUGAUCCGUGGAGGCGCCGAUAUCUAAUGUUUUACUUCUUCACCAUUUGGACUUCAGACCGAACGGCCUGGAAGGAGUUUUAUCCGUGGUGGUGCUUCUUGGAUACGGUGAAGCGGGGCUAUUAUGCGCCAGCUUGAGGGGGCAAAAUGCAGCUUCCUGUUGUGCCUGGGGAUGAGCAUCAUUAUCUGUUCAGUUAUUUACAUGAGGGCCAGGAUGCCAACAGAGCCCAAGCUGCUCGAGCCCCUAAGUUGCAGGCCCUUCGCCAACGAAUGUAAAGCUUUACUGCCCCGCAUGGAGGAAGGAGUGGGGCGGUACCGCCGUGACUGCCAGGUGGAAAGCUAUAUUCUCAAUAGUCGCAUACAGUGUUCCAAAUUGAUCAGAGACCUACACUUCAUCACGAGGCCUCUUAGUCGGGAGGAAGAGGACUACCCUUUAGCUUUCAUUGUGACUGUUCACAAGGAGCUGGAGCUUUUCGUACGCCUGCUGCGGGCCAUUUACAUGCCACACAAUGUCUACUGCAUUCACGUGGACAAUAAGGCUUCUUCGGAGUACAAGGCGGCUGUACUGAAGCUCGUCGGCUGCUUUAAAAAUACCUUCCUAUCCAGCCGCAGCGAGACAGUGACGUACGGUGGCUUCUCCCGCCUGCAAGCAGAUUUUAACUGCAUGAGGGAUCUAGCAGAGUCCAAAAUAGGCUGGAGGAAGGUGGUGAAUCUGUGUGGACAGGAUUUCCCCGUUAAGAGCAACCUGGAACUGGUGCGGUACAUGCAGAGCAAAGAGUGGCGGGACCGAAACAUGACGCCUGGGGUCAAGCAGCCGGCGUCUAUGAGGCACAGGACACAGCUCCAGCACAGGGAGAUAAUGGGCUCACAUGUGGCUCUGACAGGGUCAGGACUGAAGAAAGGUCCGCCUCCACACAAUCUGCAAGUUUAUUUUGGAACGGCGUACUACGCUCUCACAAGGGGUUUUGUAGACUUUGUUCUGAAAAGCCCAAUAGCCCAGGACCUCUUGGAGUGGUCCAAAGACACGUUCAGCCCAGACGAGCACUACUGGGUGACACUCAGUCACAUCAAAGAAGCUCCAGGCAGCCAUCUAGAUGGAGGUUGGGAAGGAGACGUCCGGUCAAUCAAGUGGAGGGAUCAAGAGGGAAUGACACACAAAGGCUGCAAAGGUGUGUGUAACAAUGAGGGCAUUAUGUACGAGACAUCUGUAUCUAUGGCGUGGAAGACCUGCCGUGGAUCAUCAACAGGAACAGCAUGUUCGCCAACAAGUUUGAGAGUGAAACCUUUCCCGAGGCCCUGGACUGCCUGGAGCAGUGGCACAGGACCAAGGUGUUGGACCAGGCAACUGUUUCCAUAGAGCCAUCGUGGCUUCUGGCCACACAGAGCAACUCAAGCCGCAGCUACUUGAACGGCACUGCUGGACCAUGAAAUCUCUGUUGGCUGUGAAUGUCAAAAAUGUGGGCAGGAGAAAACUGAACUGAGAACGUCAGGAGGACAAACGGUCCACUUCCUUUGUGGCGAGGCCACUGUUCAAGGUCAUAUCCGUCUCUGUAUGUAACUGUAAUAGUUGUUCUGAUAAACAGAAGAGAGUGUGACAAAAAAAUAGUUGACACUAAAGCAAUGCAGUUAAUUAAAGGAAAAAGGUACAAUGAAUUUAAUUUAAAAUAUACAAGUAUAUAACAUAUACUAUUUAAGACAACUGCACUAAACAAAGAAAGGUAUUUAACAACGGAAUAGGAGUUUCAUAUUGUUUAAUUUAAUUAAAUAUUAUUUAAUAUUGUGUGUGGUCAAGUUAAAAAAAACACUGAUGAAAUGUUUUUUUCUUUUCUAUUUAAUUGAAGUGUAGCAGGUGUAAACAAACAAAUAAAGACGAUGUCAACAAUC